AUGAGCCGCCAAUUCACCUGCAAACCGGGAGCUGCCUCCAACAGGGGCUUCAGCGGCUGCUCGGCGGUGCUGUCCGGGGGCAGCUCGUCUUCCUACCGGGCAGGGGUCAAGGGGCUCGGUGGAGGAUUCAGCAGUCGCAGCCUCUACAGCCUGAGGGGCGCCAGGAAUGUCUCCUUCAAUGUAGCUGGUGGCAGUGGGCAUGCAGGAGGUUUUGGGUUUGGCCGGAGCCGGACCAGUGGCUUUGCUGGCAGCAUGUUUGGCAGUGUGGCCCUGGGGACCUCGAGCCCUGCUGUGUGUCUCCCUGGGGGCAUCCACCAGGUCACCAUCAACAAGAGCCUGCUGGCCCCACUCAACGUCGAGCUGGACCCCGAGAUCCAGAAGGUGCGCGCCCAGGAGCGCGAGCAGAUCAAGGCGCUGAACAACAAGUUCGCCUCCUUCAUCGACAAGGUGCGCUUCCUGGAGCAGCAGAACCAGGUGCUGGAGACCAAGUGGGAGCUGCUGCAGCAGCUGGACCUGAACAACUGCAGGAAGAACCUGGAGCCCAUUUAUGAGAGCCACAUCAGCAGCCUGCGGAAGCAGCUGGAGGCGCUGUCCGGGGACCGGGUGAGGCUGGACUCGGAGCUGAGGACCAUGCGGGACGCGGUGGAGGACUGCAAGAAGAGGUACGAAGAGGAAAUAAACAAGCGUACAACUGCCGAGAAUGAGUUUGUGGUGCUUAAGAAGGAUGUGGAUGCCGCGUACAUGAGCAAGGUGGAGCUUCAGGCCAAGGUGGACGCCUUGGAUGGGGAGAUCAAGUUCCUCAAGUGCCUGUACGAAGGGGAGAUUGCUCAGAUGCAGUCCCACAUCAGUGACACAUCAGUCAUCUUGUCCAUGGACAACAACCGUAACCUGGACCUGGAUGGUAUCAUCUCUGAGGUCCGUGCCCAGUAUGAGGACAUCGCCCUGAAGAGCAAGGCUGAGGCUGAGACGCUGUACCAGACCAAGUUCCAGGAGCUGCAGCUGGCAGCCGGCCGGCAUGGAGAUGACCUGAAACACACCAGGAAUGAGAUCUCCGAGCUGACCCGGCUCAUCCAGAGGUUACGCUCCGAGAUCGAGAGCGUAAAAAAGCAGUGCUCCAACCUGGAGACAGCCAUCGCCGAUGCGGAGCAGCGAGGUGAAUGUGCCCUCAAGGAUGCUCGAGCCAAGUUGGAUGAGCUGGAGGGUGCCCUGCAGCAGGCCAAGGAGGAGCUGGCCCGGAUGCUGCGGGAACACCAGGAGCUGAUGAGCGUGAAGCUGGCCCUGGACAUCGAGAUCGCCACCUACCGCAAGCUGCUGGAGGGCGAGGAGUGCCGGAUGUCUGGAGAAUACACCAACUCCGUGAGCAUUUCGGUCAUCAGCAGCUCCACGGCUGGGACAGCGGGAACAGGGACCGGCUUUGGGUUCAGUGGCACUGGCACCUAUGGCUACCGGCCCAGCUCUGUUGGUGGGGGCUAUGGCAUGCUGCCAGGGGGCUGUGUCACUGGCAGUGGGAACUGUAGCCCCCGUGGGGAGACCAAGACCAAGCUGGGCAGCGCAAGCGAAUUCAAGGAUGCGCCAGGGAAGAGCUUGGCUCUGAGCUCACCAAGCAAGAAAGCCAUGAGAUAA